UUGCAAGGCAAUAAUCACCCUUCUGCCUUCCUUAUAUCGCACUGUCUGUCGUGCACCGGUGGAGAGACAAGCUAAAAGUUACAGUUCCUUAUAUCAGUGAUUUUUUUUUGCAUUUUGGUUUUUCAAUUAGAAGAUUUUUCUUUCAAUAAUACCACGUUACCAGUUGUGAUACUUCUUGGAUAAUUAUAUAAUGUUCACUCUCAGGAAUACAGCCAAAUUAGGACUGAACUUAUGGAGCAAACGAUCAAUCGCGAGCCUAUCGGGGCUCUCGGAGACGCACCAGAUGCUGCAGAAAACUUGUCGCGAUUUUGCCGAUAAUGAGCUAGUUCCAAUCGCGGCAAAGAUCGAUCGGGAGCACCUGUACCCGGGCGAGCAAGUCGAGAAAAUGGGUGAGCUGGGAUUGAUGGCGAUCGCCGUUAAUGAGAAAUACGGAGGAACCGGAUUGGACUAUCUGGCGUAUGCGAUUGCGUUGGAGGAAAUCUCUCGAGGAUGCGCAUCGGCUGGCGUAAUUAUGUCGGUGAAUAACUCCCUGUAUCUUGGACCGAUCGAUUACUUCGGAAACGAGGAACAGAAGCAGAAAUAUGUGGCUGGAUAUACCGAUGGAAAAAAGGUGGGAUGUUUUGCACUGUCUGAGCCGGGUAACGGAUCGGAUGCAGGAGCCGCGUCUACAGUAGCUUCAUUGAAAUCAGAUCGGUGGGUGCUCAACGGAACGAAGUGUUGGAUCACGAACGCUUAUGAAGCGGAGAGUGCUGUAGUCUUUGCCACCACCGACAAAAGUCUCAAACAUAAAGGAAUAUCCGCAUUUAUUGUUCCGAAGGGCACUCCUGGUUUCACCCUUGGUAAGAAAGAAGACAAACUAGGGAUUCGGGGAUCUUCAACAGCCCAACUUAUCUUCGAAGACUGCGAAAUUCCCAAGGAAAAUCUGCUUGGGGAGCCAGGAUUUGGGUUCAAAAUUGCCAUGCAAACCCUGGAUUCCGGCCGUAUCGGUAUCGCUAGUCAGGCCCUGGGAAUUGCCCAAGCGUCUCUGGAAUGUGCUGUCGAUUAUGCCAACAAACGAAUCGCGUUUGGUAAGCCUAUCUCGAAACUUCAAGCCAUUCAGCAAAAGAUCGCUGACAUGUCACUAAAUCUCGAAUCGGCCCGUUUACUCACGUGGCGUGCGGCCUGGCUGAAGGAUAACAAGAAGCCGUUUACCAAGGAAGCAGCUAUGGGAAAAUUGGCAGCCUCGGAAGCCGCCACCUUCUGUGCUCAUCAGUGCAUUCAGAUUUUAGGAGGAAUGGGCUACGUGUCGGAUAUGCCAGCCGAGCGCCAUUAUCGUGAUGCGAGGAUUACGGAAAUAUAUGAAGGCACGUCGGAGAUUCAACGGCUGGUCAUUGCGGGCCAAGUUAUAAAAGAAUUGUCCGCGUAGUAGAUCUUUUGAUCAUAGAAUUCAUAUGCAUUGUAAAAAGUAGACACGAAUCAGUUCUGUUCGUUAUGUAAUUAGGGUUAUCACUUCAUUCAAAAGUAGCAACAGAUUGAUAUUGGCUAUAGCCUUCAGACAUGAUAUAAACAAAUUCGCAGUGUAUUGCAUGGUCGAUUUA